AGUGACCCAAACCACUUCUUCAAAACUCACGUACGCUUUAAAAUUAAAUAAAAGUAAUUUAUUUUCGCAUACAAUUAAUUAAUUAAUUAAUAAAAUGUCUGUUAUUGAAAUAAAAACUGAAGAAGAAUAUACCAAACUAAUUGGCUCAGAGAAGACAAGCGUAGUCCUUUUCUCAGCACCAUGGGCAGAACAAUGCAAACAAGUUGAAGAUGUUCUCACCGAAAUUUCCAAUCUAGGUUACACAAAUUUACAAUUCGCUAGCUUGAAUGCCGAAUCAUUUCCAGAAAUAUCAAUGAAACAUCAGAUUGAAGCUGUUCCAACAAUUAUAUUCUUUACAAAAGGUCAAGCUGUAAACAGAGUUGAUGGAGUGAAUGUUGCAUCGAUAAAUCAAAUAUGUAAAGAUCUUGGUUCCAAAUCAGGUGCUGGAAGUGGUGCUUCAUUGGAAGAUAGACUGAAAGCUUUAAUCAAUAAAUCGGAUGUGAUGAUUUUUAUGAAAGGUUCCCGUGACGCACCCAAAUGUGGUUUCUCGAAACAACUUAUUGCUAUUGUAAAUGAAAUUGGCAUCCAAUACGGUACAUUUGAUAUAUUAACAGACGAAGAAGUACGACAAGGAUUAAAAACUUAUUCCGAUUGGCCCACAUACCCACAAUUGUAUGUAAAAGGAGAACUUAUAGGAGGAUUAGAUAUCAUUAAAGAACUCUUGGCCUCUGGAGAACUUGAAAGCACCCUGAAAGCAGCUUAAACAAAAAAAUACCUACCUCCAAUAAUAUUUUUUUUUAUUUUUUAAUAAAAAAUGAUAUCAUCCCGUGUCGUCAAUGAGAAAAAAAAUAAAACAAUGCACAUUUGUGAACAAGAACAGAA